AAGCUUUUGGUUGCAUCUCAUAUUUCUGAGCUGGGUUGGAAGUGAUUUUGCCCAGGGAUCUGAUGAGAAGAGUCUGGGCUUAAAAGAACAAGUCUGGAAUGAGUUUUCCAAUGUACAGGUUGCAUCCCCGUGCAGCCAUGACGACCGCUAUCCUGGAGCGUCUCAGCACCCUGUCUGUGAGCGGACAGCAUCUGCGCCGCCUGCCCAAGAUCCUGGAGGAUGGGCUGCCCAAGAUGCCCGGCACCGUCCCCGAGACCGACGUGCCCCAGCUCUUCCGGGAGCCCUACAUCCACGCCGGGUACCGCCCCACCGGCCACGAGUGGCGUUACUACUUCUUCAGCCUCUUUCAGAAACACAACGAGGUGGUCAACGUCUGGACUCACUUGCUGGCGGCUCUGGCCGUCCUCUUGCGGUUCUGGGCCUUUGUGGAGGCCGAGGGCCUGCCUUGGACCUCUGCCUACACCCUGCCCCUGCUCCUGUACGUCCUGUCCUCCAUCACGUACCUCACCUUCAGCCUCCUGGCCCACCUGCUGCAGUCCAAGUCUGAGCUCUCCCACUAUACCUUCUACUUUGUGGACUACGUGGGUGUGAGCGUUUACCAGUAUGGCAGUGCCUUGGUCCACUUCUUCUACACCUCCGACCAGGCCUGGUACGAGCACUUCUGGCUUUUCUUCCUGCCCGCAGCUGCCUUCUGUGGCUGGUUAUCUUGCACCGGCUGCUGCUAUGCCAAGUACCGUUACCACAGGCCUUACCCAGUCAUGAGGAAGAUCUGUCAGGUGGUGCCAGCAGGGCUGGCCUUCAUCCUGGACAUCAGCCCCGUGGCACAUCGCGUGGUUCUGUGCCACCUGUCUGGCUGCCAGGAGCAGGCGGUCUGGUACCACACCCUCCAGAUCGUCUUCUUCCUGGUCAGUGCCUACUUCUUCUCCUGCCCAGUUCCGGAGAAGUACUUCCCGGGUUCCUGUGACAUCGUGGGGCACGGGCAUCAGAUCUUCCACGCCUUUCUGUCUGUCUGCACACUCUCCCAGCUGGAGGCCAUCCUCCUAGACUACAAGGGGCGACAGGACAUCUUCCUGCAGCGCCACAGCCCCCUGUCCAUCUACAUGGCCUGCCUCUCCUUCUUCGUCUUGGUUGCCUGCAGCGCAGCCACUGCGGCCUUCUUGAGGGAGAAAAUCAAGGCUAGACUGACCAAGAAAGAUUCCUGAGGCUGGCCGGGGGAGGGGCGCGGUCUGGAGGCAGCCCGUUGUGAUUCGGGGAAAACUUGAGUCAACAGUAGGAGUCGACUUUUUGUUUUUAAGAGCAGGCUUUUAAAUGAGUACAUAUUCCCAAGGGUGGCUGUGGCAAUAGCACUGGGAAGCCAGAGGUCCAAGAGUUUUGUUGUUAUGGUUGUGAAUGAAAGGAGUAUUCCUUUAUCCUCUGGGCCGUAGCCCUACGAGACACAGGAAGGGAAGGGACUUUGGCUAAGGUUCAUCAGACACUGCAUUAAGAACCAUCUUCAUGCCUGAAAAUCUAGUAGAAUUCUGACUGCGGCCUCCAGGGGCAAGCCCUGGACUGAAGGGAUAAUCCAAUUGGACUGGAAAAGUUAGGAGGUGGCUGGACCACACUGUAUUGAAAUGGGCAUUCUUCUGCGAUGCUGCUCUUUGGUGAUUGGGUACAUUGACCCAAAGACCCAAUUUUAUUUGGAUUUCAGAUUGUCAGGGGUGGAGAAGUCAGAAUCUUCAAGAAGAUUCCGUAAAACCCCUAGGCAUCAUAAAUUACUCGGUUCGUCUGACUUCUGGUCCCUUCUCCAGCACUCUAGCACUGACCCUUUCUUUUCUCAGGACAAUGUCUGCCUGGCUGUUUUCUCCCAAGUGCUGUUCACUCCCAUCUGAACCUUGUGUGGUGACAGAGAGGACAAUGAAGCAGUCAUACUUCCAAGAAAUGCUUGGAUCCAUGUGGACAUUUAGGAAACUUACUCUCAUAUAAUACUAAUGGAAACGGUACUAGAAAAUACAGUGCCAAGAGCCACCAGGAGACCCAGCCAGCAAGCACGGAUGCUGUUUGGUGUCAUGGGACCCUUCUGUUUUAUACCUGUGCAUUGCAGGAUUACUUGAGAUCUAUUAGGGCCGCCUUACAUGCCAGAAGAUCUGGAGCUCUCUCCAGAGAAUCUUCUCCAGAUUUUGACCAGCAUGUUCAAAAAGCCCCUGGUAGAGUGAAUUGGAUCUAAGGGUCCCACUAGAGAUCUGAUUAUUUCAAGAGGAACUCAAGGUCCAGCCUCUUAAAUAGAUGCUGCCCCAUGAAGGACCCGCGUAACUCCCCUAGUUCAGGGUCCUCGGGGAGGCAGUUGUACCUCAGCUUAGAGCAGCUUACAUUAAUCAAGCCCCAGGACAGGCGUGUGUGUGCACUCAUGGUAGGUUGGUCCCCAAAGGCUCUUUUGGGUGAGGAUGAUGAACUGGGCACCCAGGAGGCAGAAUGUUCUGUUUAGGACAUCGCUCCCCAGCAGCUUCUAGGGGAUGGGGGGGGGGACUUGCAGUUGAUGUGUUCUGGCCACGCAGCCCCCCUGAGGACUGCCUUCUGCACUGAUCCAGUGAAGGGGGCUGCAUUGGCACCCUCCCCAGAGGCUGCAUUUCCCAUCAGUAUAAGGUCUCUGUUUACUAAAAAGGGAGGUGGUUUUUCACUCCAGUUUGAUGAACCUCCUCUCUGCCUAGGCUACUUUGUUGUCUUCACAUCUUUUGUUUUCUUCCUUUCUCUUGAGAAAUGUGUGGGGUUUGUGCUGUAUAAAUGGAAAUUGUAUGAACACGUCGCUUAAUACCCGGCCACGUGGAAUUUUCAAUUUUGGGUCAUUGGAAUAAGAAAAAAAUAAUUCAUUGCCUUCCAACCCAUGGAUGAAAAAAACUUCAGAAUACCGGAACCACGUAUUCAUCAGAAGACUCUUUCAAGCUGUAUUGGGGGAAGGCAGGGGAAUUCAACGGACGCUUUCCUAUAAUCUUUAUAUCAAGAAAGCAUAUGUCAGGACUUCCCUGGCAGUCCAGUGGUUAAGACUCCUCUCACUCUUCCAUUGCAGGGGGGCAUGGGUUCAAUCCCUAGUCGGGGGAACUAAGAUCCUGCACGCCGCAGGGUGGCCAAAAAAAAAAAACAAGCAUAUGUCUUGUCGGUUAUGUUAUUUUCCUAGAUGGAUUUCUCAUGGGACUCCUCAAAUACCUGAACUUCUGUGCUACCCAAGUGUCUUACACGAGCUUAUGGCUUCCAGGCCACAUUCACCACCAGUAAAGUUAACAACACUCAACGGGGUUGAACUGAUAAGAGAAUGGAAAGUUGUGUCAACACAGUGCAAGUAGAGGGUCAGUUUAAAAUGGAGACGAGAAAGUGUCUGAAAUGUUCAUAAUUGUGGGUUCAGAGACUAUCUUCUUUUAAAAGUUGGAAAGAAGGUGUACAUCAAGCUCUUGCAUGUAACCAUGAUGGCCGUGGUGGGCAGAGAUCUUUAGGCCAAGUGCAGGUAUUUCUUAAGGGAGAAAACACGAGGUAGAGCUGUGAUCCUCUAACACCCUCCGCAGACCAAUGCCAGCUUGUACACUGAACGGUCUGUGACAAGAUAAGUACAGAGAGACACUAAACUUUUAGAUAUGAACAUAAAAUUCAUAACAUUUUCAUUUUAAUUUACCCAAGUAUUGGUUCCUCUAGUGACCAGAAAUUAAAAAAAAUUUUUUUUCACCAGAGAUAUUUAAGAAGCGUUGAGGUAGGAGGAAUUCCAGUAUCUCAUGAGAAAUAGAGACACAGGAAAUGCAGGCGUUUUUAACUAAGACUCUUGAGGGGUUAGAUACUCCUUUUAAAACAUUUUCAUUCAAAUGAUUGAAUCAGUAAGGAAGAGACCUGGUUUGUUUAAAAGGAAUAAUGAAGUAUUUGAUAAAGAAGAUGGUUCUUCUUACUCUACCAAAGCCAACAGUUGACAUCUACUGGAAAUUGUGCUAUCAUUUUUUUUUUUUACCUUAGGCUUUCAACCUAUUAAAAUGUAAAUGCCUCUGGAAAAAAAAAACUAAACUACUAGUCAUUUACAUCUUUGGAAUAAAGUGGAUAUUGUAUGCGACCCCCUACUCAAGGUAGGGAGGGGGGAUGGCAGGAUGCAGUGAGUUGGGGACCUAUUUACCGUGUGUUUCCCUCUUGCAAGCACUUCCUGACCUAUAUUUACUAGGGAGCUAAUGUUAAUACCCUUCAGAUGUUAGGGUUUCAUCUCCCACCUCGGCUGAAAGUACCUCACUCAGUAACACUAUUCUCAGUCCUCUACUGGAAGUUUAAAAUAGUAGGAGCUCAGGCCAUGGAAUGGAUGUAGUUCUUUCCUGCCUCUGAUGCCCACCUGUUCACCAGUUGUACCCUGAUGCUUGAAAACAUUAGGUUCUUCUGUUGCCGCACUGUAGUUUCAAAUGGGUCCUCCAGAUGGUGCUCGCGUCUCAGAGAAGGCACCGCCCAUGUCCCCAAGGCCUCCACCUAAUUGUGUUGGCCCUAGGGUUUUGCUUGAUUGCUUGGCAAAGAAAAAAUAGAACUAUUUUCUGUUUAUGUAAAUCUACUUAUACAAAUGACCAUUAAACAGAUUUUGUAAAUGCA